GUCUCUCUCAUAUCUCUCUCUCUCUCUCUCUCUCUCUCUCUCUCUAAAAGCAACGUCACCCCAUCAAAAAUCUAUUCAGAUUUCGAAACCCAAAACACACACACACACACACUCUCUCUCUCUCUCUCUAAACAAAAAUACUGCACUUGAGAACCUUGAGAUGAACAACCAGUGCCGGUGGUAAAUUAUCAGUAUAUGGAGAAGAAAGAAGAGGUGAUAAAGACGGAAAGCCCGAUGGUGAAUUUAACGUUUGCAGAUCAGAUUCCGAUGAGUUUUGCCUCGUCGGAGAUCUUCGACAUGCCAUGUGAUCAGGAGGGAGAAAAGGGUGGUGGUGGUUCUUUAGGGUUUGUGGACAUGUUGGGUAUCCAGGACUAUUAUUGCAACCCAUCUUUAUUCGAUAUGUUCCAAACACCGCUGCCGCCGCCGCAGCAACAGGUUCCGUCGCCGGCUGUCCAGGAGUCGUCGGAGGUGGUGAAUACUCCGGCGACACCGAAUUCACCAUCGAUGUCCUCGUCUUCGGCUGAAGCUGGAAAUGAUGAAAAAGAGUCUAAAACAACUGUCGAAGAAGGAGAAGAGCAGGAUCAAGCAAAGACCAAGAAACAGCUGAAACCCAAAAAGAAGAGCACAAAAAGGGAAAGGGAGCCGAGAUUUGCGUUCAUGACAAGGAGUGAGGUUGAUCACUUGGAUGAUGGAUAUAGAUGGCGAAAGUACGGCCAGAAAGCUGUGAAAAAUAGCCCUUUUCCAAGGAGCUACUACCGUUGCACAACCGCGGCAUGUGGUGUGAAGAAACGGGUGGAGAGAUCUUCGGAUGAUCCGACGAUUGUAGUCACGACCUACGAAGGCACGCACACGCAUCCGUGCCCGGUGACACAGCGUGGCAGUAUCGGAAUCAUGCCGGAAUCCACCGGCUUCGGUGGCAUUGCUACUUCCUCUUUCGUUCUUAAUCCACCACCUCAUCACUACUAUCAUCAGCAACAGCAGCAGCAGCAGCAACAACAAUCCUAUUUCCAUAACCCAACAACUUCAUUGAGCUUUAGCACUACUACUAAUCCCCCAUUCCCAACUUUUGUUCAAGAAAGACCGUCUUGCCCCUCCUCGUCUUCUUUUCUUCGGGAUCAUGGACUUCUUCAGGAUAUCGUGCCUUCACAGAUGCGAAAGGAGCCGAAAGAGGAGUAGAAAAUAGUUGCACAGUAAUAUGGGUAUGUAAUUCGCUCUCUCACUGACUGAUGAUGCUGAGGUUGAGGGUUAUAUUUAGAUAAGAACCCCACUUCACCAUUUAGAUACAUUUCUUUGAUUAUCAUUGUAAAACGACUGUGUUUUGUUUACCUGUGGAGGAGUAGCUACUUUCAUCUUUUGGUCCUCUCUGUUGCUCUUUGUAACUAGUUAGUAGCCUUUUACUAAUUAUGGAGAUUUGGGUA